UAGGACAGAGCUGCUAAGAGGCUGAAAGAAACCCUCACCCUGCUCGUCUCUGUCGCUGCAGGGAGUUUCCCAAAGGUCUGGGAGGAAGUGUACGACCCCUCAUCGACAACCCUUCCCCAUUAGAAAAAUAAAAUAACCUUUCGUUUGAUCUUCAUUCCUGUCACUGGGCCGUGACUCACCCGCUUUAAAGCCUCCAAGCCUCACAGAAUGAUCCACUUUACACUCUGACUGAAUUAAUCUGUGAUCCUAUCAGUGAAGAUGCCAAUUUCUCUCUGCAUAUGACUGUAGUGAAACAGUUGAACCGCAGAGAUAACAGGAAUCUUCCCUCUCCUUUCCCCAUCUGGUUAUCAGCUCAGGGAUCUGCUGCAAUCAGAUCUGAGCAUCACACGUUGUCAUAAAAAGACCUGAAAUCAGCGCAGUCACACACAGAUUCGUGGACAAGACCACACUGACAACAUGAAGCUGAGGCACAGCAUCUGCAGUCUGCUGGUAUGUUGUAGUGUAUUGUGGGUAGUCGUCUCCUCCUCCUCCAGGGUUACAGCUCGUCCUCCUCCUCCUCCUGGAUGUGUCUACAAGCUGGCGUUCUCCUCAGAGGUCUCCUCCUUAUCUGAAGGAAACGGGAACAUCCACAGCAGAUCUCUGUCACCGUGGAGCUGGAGGUCGUCCACCUUGAAGAACCGGAUCCCCUCCACCCUCUGGGAGGCCGAGUGCAGUAGCAGCUUCUGUUUAAGUCCAAACCCUGGACACACAGACAAAUACGACCUGAAAUCAGUCCCCAUCUACCAGAAAGUCCUGGUCCUGAACCGGCAGAGGGGGCAGCACUGCUACACUACAUCGCACCAGUCUGUGGCUGUCGGCUGUACCUGCCUCUGGGCCAGAACCAUCCAAAACUGAAACCAUAUCCAUCUGAACCAACAGCCGAGAAUGGAAAAAAUGAAAUUCAAUAUUUAAUACUUGCUGAUUAAACUUGAUUGUGAUGAAUUGUGUGAUUCUACUCCUCUAC